GGCCCAUCGCUGGUCACACUGCUGCGAGUUUGUUUUGCUUUUGGGCGUCGUUUGUUUGUUUGUUUGUGUGUGUGCGUUGAAGCGGCAUUUGGUUUAUUGAUUGCACCUGAGACGACGACCGACCUGCUACUUGCGCUGAGUGCCCCAUGGCACGCGACGACGUCGUAAAGGCCGGCCCCCAACCCAAGGACAUUGGCCCCCCCAUAUUUGGCGACCCGUUCGCCGCGUUUUCAUUACCAAAACGGCCGCCGCCGGGCUGCGAUUUCAAAUAUAUCGAACGACAAAGCAUUCGCACGAACUCAAUCAUUGGGAGCAGUACUACUUGAACGCCUAAAGGAUCAAAAUAUAACUGGAUGAGAGGAUGCCGCUGCCAGCGAGCGAUAUAACGAGGAACGGAGGAGGAGGAGGAGGUGGAGCAGGAGGAGGAGCUGCCAGCGAAACGGACAAUGUAACCGCCCUUGAACUGCACAGUGGGCGGCGCAUGCUGCACUUCAGCGACGGCGUUAUGGAGGAGCUAUCCUCGGGCAGCGAGGACGAAACGGAGGCGGCGGAUGUGACCGAUCAAAGCUAUGCUGUACAGCUGGAUGAGCGCGAAAUGGCUUUCGGACCCCGCCUUCGUUACAAGGCCAGCCGCAUGGGCAACCGUUUCCUGGCCGGCAUCGAUUAUGUGGGCGGUGGGCUGGCCUCCCUGCUGGGCAUUACCAGCAGCAAGUAUGCCAGCGAGCUGGAGAAUAACCAGCGUAGGGCCAAGGAGGAGCAGGACCUCGAGGACCUUGACAAUUGGCAACCGCGGCAACCUAAUAAUAACAACAACAACAAUCGCAAUGAGACUUUAGUUCUCACACGCAGUGAGGCGUCCUUGCCACCCACCAGGCAAUAA